UGCCUAAAAAAUAAAAUAAAAAUAAAACAGUACCCAUUUAUUAGCUCACAGUAUAUAGGUCAGAAUUCUGGCCGUAGCAUGGCUGGAUUAUGUGAUCAGGGUCUCAUGAGGCCAAAAUGAAGGUGCUGGCCAGACUGAGUUUUCAAAGGGACAUUGGGGAUCAUCUUAGAAUUCUGCCUACCAUAUAGUUGUUUCUCGUUUCACUUGUUCUUGGAGCUUAGCCACCAUGCUGUGAGGAAGCAUAAGCAGUUUGUGGAGAGGAACUAAGACGGCCAGCCAAUAGUCCCAGCUGAACUCCCACCCAACAACCAGCAUCAACUUGCCAGCUAUGUUAAGUGAGCCAUUUUGAAAGUGGAUCUUCCAGGCUCAAGCUGACCUGCCCCAGCCGGCAAUCCAUGGAGCAGACUGAGCUGUCCCCAUUGAACCCCACCCAAAUCACAAAUUUUGAGUAAAAUAAAGGAUUGUUGUUCUACACCGCUAAGUUUUGGGGUGAUUUGUUAUGCAGCAAUAGGUCAUUGAAACUCAGUAAUAACCCAAGUGAGAUGAUCCACAAGUACUGAAAGCUUUUGUGGACAAGUAGUAGUAACUCACAAUUCUUUUAGGACAUUGGAGCAUCUGGCAGUGUAGGCGUAAAAUGUCAUUCAAUUCAUGCUUGCUGAUUUAUUAACUCAGACUUAUAAUGAACUAAUUUACACCAGUAUACUAGUCAUCCAUAUUUGGAAGCCCAGCAUUUUAGGGUUAUCUAAAAAUUAUGCUGCUUUCCUUUUCAGCAAUGGCUAUACUAUGUAUUUUUAAGCUAUAUUUGUGAAAUAUUUGGGAUGUAACUGAACAUAAUGAAUUUGUUAACUUUUAAAGGUUCAAUAGGUUUAUCUAUAAAUCACUACUUAAAAUAUUAAUAUUUCAAUGUACACUUUAAUUACUUUUCAACAAUUAUUUUUAUUGGAAAAAGUAAAAAACAUUAGGAAAGUAAUCAUCAGUUUCGUCAUUAAGAAUUUUCAUCAACGGAUAUUAACUAUUAGGUGAAAGACUGUUGGAGAAUAGAAUAUCUGACAUUCUUAAAUAGGCUCCCCUGAAUUAUUUCUUGAUUACAGAAGGAAAGGGUGCUUUUACAAUGGAGAAAUCUGGCAGACAACUCCUUAACCAAAUGAUCAAACUUAAUAUCACCAAUGAUGGAACAAAGUAACAUCCUAUGUCUGCCGCUGUGAUGCAUUAAGGAAACGAUAUCACCUACAUGCUAUUCCUGCCAAAAAAUGUUCAACCUAAAUCUAAUUAUGAGAAAAUAGACAAACCCAAAUUAAGGACAUUCUGAAAACCCAUUGACUUGUAUUCUUCAAAAAUAUCUGUCACUAAAGACAAAAAACACUGAAAACUCUUCUGGAUUAAGGGAAAUUAAUCUAAAAGAGAUAACUAAAUGUGAAUCUUGAUUGGAUCCUGGAUCUUACCCCCACCCCCACUCAAAAAAAGAAAAAAAGCCAUAAAACUGUAAAACUUAAAUAUGUACUGCAUAUUAGAUAACAGUACUGUACUAAAUGUUAAGUAUCUGAGUGGAUUAUUGUAUUGUGGUUAAGUUAGGAGAAUGUCUUUGUCAAGAGCCAGAUGCUGGAAUAUGGAAGGCACAGUGAAAUGUCACUGUGUUCACUGUGCCUUCAACACUCCAGCAAACUGUGUAAGGACUAAAAUUCUUUAUCUGGUUGAAGAAUUUUGUAUCAACAUCUAGUCAACACUGUUGACAGACUGGACUGAAAAAGCAAAGCUUCCUUCUGCAGAGCUGAGGAGAAGCAGCCAGCCACGCUCACUUUCCUGGGUGGCACGUAUAGCCCUGAAAACUUUAAAAUGUCUGCAGCACAAUGGGAGCAAAGGACGAGGCUGUGAUUCCAUCUUUGCUAGAGGGAGCACAGAGACUUGCACGCACGCACGCACGCACGCACGUUCUACACACUUCAGGUACGUGAAAAAAGGCACUAGAAUGAGGCCACGCUCCGGCCCGUGCUGUCUGGCACACUUUACGGCAGUUACGCUUGGGCAGACGCCACAUCCGGGUACACUGUGACUUCCGAGUUCCACGCUCCGUCUCAUUGUGAGCUGGCUCUUCAUCCGUUGGCACUCCCACGGCUUAGUGAUCAUGGCGGCCUUGGCGGUACUGUGGCAGAAGGCGAGGGACUACAUGAAGACCAAGGAGUUCCGAGAUUAUAUAACGAGCACACAUUUUUGGGGUCCCGUGGCCAACUGGGGCCUACCGCUAGCCGCCUUUAGAGAUAUGAAGGCGUCGCCGGAAAUCAUCAGCGGCCGCAUGACAACAGCGCUCAUUUUCUACUCGAUGGCCUUCAUGCGCUUCGCUUACCGCGUACAGCCUCGAAACUUGGUGCUGAUGGCGUGCCACGGCACCAACGUGAUGGCGCAGAGUAUACAGGCGAGCCGCUACCUAAUGUACCACCAUGGCAGCGGCGCUGCACAGGCCAUUGCUGCCGCCACCAUUGCCACCGCUAACACCAACGACGACGACGACGCUGCCGCUGCCGUCACCACCGACACCGACACCGCUGACACUGAUUUUUACAUCGACGCUACAGCCUGCGACGCCUAGGCUGCCAGCUUGGACUAGGUGGCCACCAGCCCUAAUCCACAGUCCCCAAAACAAUUUUCUUAAUGACUUUCGAGUAAGCCCUGUUGAAUCUCUGCAGUUUGCGAGCACUGUACUAGUAAUUCUUCCUAAAGAAAAGACCAGUGAAAAGUUUGGGUUUUGACUCUAAAACAGUGAGACUCUCAUUUAAACCUGCAGUUUGGUUAAUAAAAAAUAAAGUAGCAUAGAACUAAAGCCGAGUGUUGUCGCCUCUUUCUUGACCUGGAAAUGUUUUGAAGGUGAGGCCACAUUGGUCGGUCUUCCUUCCUGUUCAUGGGACCUGCAACUCAAGAGUUAGUUUUACAUAGGAGAGGAAGACUGAAAAGACACUUUAAACUAAUUCAUUGCUGUUUUAUUUUCCUAAAGUUCUCUUGGGGACAUGUUUUUGUUAUUUAUUUUGGGGGUCAUGGCCAAAAAAGGAUGCUUAGCACACAUUUUUAAAACUUGGUAGAAUCAUCAAUCUCUUUACACCAAAAAAAGUCCCAGAGCUACUUGGAGAUGAGUUUAAAUGAAAUCAGUGAAAUCGUUUACUUUUAAAGAAUGCUUAUUAAGAGAACCUAGAAUCUCUUGGUAACAGAGAGCAAUUAUAGAAUAUAUGGAAACAGGAUAAGCAACUCUGAGGUCAGUUGUGUCAACCCUGGACUCUAGGUAAAUAGACAAAUAGAAAAUAAAAACAAAAUCAUAAUCCUUUCCUCUUUUCCUCAUGCCUGAAAAUGAGGAAAGUGGUAGUUUGUAAAACUGGUUAACCUGUCACCCUGUGUUGAACACUAGCUACGGUUGGGAGUGAGGGUCAGUGAUCAACUGUAUUAGCCCAGAGUAUCCUCCUACGAAUCUCAGGAGCUAUAGAGUUUCCUUAAACCUUGGAGUGGAGGGGGAGGGGGGCGAAGUGGACACGACACACAACAGAAGGGUGGGGCUGUGAACAUGAGGCCAUUCUGCAGCAGAGGCUACCCCCUGGGACUUGACCCAAAAUCUCCCCCUCUGGAGGAUGCAGGAAGUUCCAGAGUGAUCUACUGGGAACCCCAAUGUAUGUGUUUAAGACUGCUUAAACCCUGCUUUUGUUAAAGUUUUCAAAUACAAAGAAAUUGAAAACAACUAUCUGAAAGUUUCUGAAAUUAUCAGGCCUUGGAAAAGACAGACAUAUUAGGGGAACUCUGGAAGAUUCCCUUUAUCUUCUGUGGCAUCAAAACAGAAGUCCUCUUUGUAGGCAGCUUCUGCAUUUCGCAUUCUACAUACAGAGGGGAAAAAAACCAAAUUCUGGAAAACUUGUGUAUUAGUUAUCUACUGCUGUGAAACAAAUCACCCCGAAACUUAGCUUAAAACAACAUAUUUAUUAUCUCACAAUUUCUGAGGGUCAGGAAUUGAAGUGGUUUUGCUGGGCGCUGCUAGCUCAGGGUCUGUCAGCUAUCCACUCAGGUUGCAGUCUCUGAAGACUUACCUGGAGCUAGAGAAUCCAGUUCCAAACUUGCAGUUUGCAGGCAUCUUCAGUUCCUUGUCAUAUGGGCCACAGGGCUGCUCACAAGAUUCCCCCACAGCAGGUGUUCUAAGGGCAAAAGCCCAAGAUGAAAGCCAUAGUUUUUUAUAGCUUAAUCUGGAAAGUGACAUACCGUCACCUCAGCUGUGUUCUAUUGGUCACAUGGAGCAAUCCAGGUACACUAUGGGAGGACAACACAAGGGUGUCCUGGAAAUACCAGGAGGCAGGGAUCAUUGGGGGCCAUUUUGUAGGCUGGCUACCACAUGGCUCUAAAAUAAAAAUUCUCGUGCAUUUCUGAAACUCAAUAUAAAGUAAUAAAGCAUGCAAAGUCAUUGCCCGUCCUCCCAAAGAUGUCACAAAAAUGCUCAAUUUGCAGUUUUAUGGUCAUUACUAACAUGCAUAUAUCAUAGAGCAUGGGUUUGAGAAGUAGGAAAGUAGUCUCUGGAAGACAGUGGUAGUUCCUAAUAUUUUAGAUAAUUGAGACUAUAAUGCAAUAAUAAAAAGCUGUUCUUAAAGUUCUGAAAUGAAUCAACUUUAUAUCAAGAUUUUUUAUUAAAACAUGGAAGGAUUUUCCCCUUCACCAUUACAUGAGUAGAAAUUAAUAUAUUUUUAGAUUUGUCUUACAAAAUAUAUUUUGUAAUUCAAGUAUUAUAUUUCAAUAAAAGGCUACUGUCUGUUGAAGACAUUUCAGAGCAGGUAGGUUUCUAAUUAACCUAGUAAGGGAAGAAGAGGCACUCUCUGCUGAUAAUUUCCUAUCAUUCUGCAUUUAUAAUUUAGCAGGCAAAACGAUUAGGGAAAAUAUCCAAAAGAUUACAACACCUCUAUUCUAAUGCAGCGCUCUCCUUACAGGAUCUAAUUGGUAGCAUGCCAUCCCAACUAAGACAUCUAACCCUUUGUUGCCUAAGAUAUUCAUGCUUAAAGCCAUAUAAAUGAUUAAUACUUUAAUAAAAACGAACCUUUCAAAUCAUUAGGGUAACAAUUAUUUCAUAAUCUCCCCAAACUCUCAAAAAUAAUCCUCUGGCCUUUACAAUUUAACUUAAACUGUCUACAGAUCUCUACCAGUAUACCACUAUUUUAUGAAGCCAAUAACAUUUCUGAAUUGGCAGUUAUUUUUCUAGAAGCUUUUGUUACUGACACACUUUUGUCAUUUUCCAGAAUUUGUGUUUUAUACUGAGUUUAAUAAGUAAUGACUUCCUCCUUAGGUCUUCUGAGCUCCCUGGCAAAGCACAGGCUAAAAUCCAAAGAACUGCGUUACCUUUUCAACGAUAAUGCUAAAACCAUUUUUCUCCUCAAAUUCUUUCGAAACUAUGAACCAAACACAUAUUGUAUCCCAGAGAGAGACCAAGAGCAAAUCAUAUUGCUG